UUCGUUAAACUUGCAGAGUGAUUGAUUGUUGAUUUCGAUAUUUAAACGCUAAACAUUUCGACCUCAGUCGUCGCGCGUUUCGUUUUAACUAAAAUAUUCGGUACUCACAUCGCUGCCAUUUAAGUUCGCGCAUCGUAUUUGAUUACAGCUGCCGCAAGUGUUUGUGAAUAAAUGAAAUUGACAAAGUCAGCAACACAGCAGUUUGAGAUUUGAGAUUUAGGGAUCUGCGAUUUUGGAAAUAAAGUGGUGACACCAAAGCAGCUAAUUUAGAAUAGUCGCAGCAGCAGGAAUAAGUAAAGAGCAUACCACUACCGGCGUGCAUUCUCCCCCACUCAUUCACAGCACAGCACAGCACAGCGUAACACAGUGCCAACACAUUGCCACAUCGGUACAAGCACCAAAUCACAUUCACUUCACUGAGCAGGAUGCGACAUUGUCAUUUAGUUGCACUGUCGAUUGGCGUGUGUGUGGCAGCAAUGACGCUGUUGCCCGCCACCGUGUGCGCCACCACAGAAGUACAGGAGACGCCACUGGCGUUGCCCGUCGCCGAUCAGACACAACCGACCACGGCAUCACAAGGCGAAAUAUGGGAGGAAGAUGAUCAUGAGAUUUUGAUACGCAAUGAGCGUGGCACAAAGAGCGAUGGUCUUUCCUGCCGUUAUGGCAAAAAUCCAUGGACUGAAUGUGACCAAAAAACCAACACACGCUCACGAACGUUGACAUUGAAGAAGGGCGAUCCGGCAUGCGAUCAAACGCGAACCAUACAGAAGAAGUGCAAAAAAGCCUGCCGAUAUGAGAAGGGUUCCUGGUCUGAGUGUGCUACUGGGCAAAUGACACGCGCUGAUAAAUUAAAGGCGACUAGCGAUCCAUCGUGCGAAGCAACACGUGUCAUCAAGAAGAAUUGCAAACCUGGCAAAUCCAAGGAUAAGAGCGCCAAGGAACAACGCAAAAAUAAGGAUAAAGGUGUACGCAAAGCACGCGCCUAAUUCCCCAGCAGUACACUACCAACCCAGCGAAGAGUUUCAAUUUGAAUUCAAGAAAAAUAAAACUGAAAAUAUUGAAACGUAAUGCAAACUAAAUCGCAUGCAAGUACUCGUAUCACCACAUACAUAAAUACACAUACAAACAGAAAAAUGAAAUUCGCAAAAGGGGAAAGCUCGUUUCAUUUUAAAAAUCAAACAAAAACACUACUAACUGACAGACUUCUUACAAAUACUUACAUACAACAAAGCAAAGAAGUGAAACGAAUAAUAGAUAAAAAAAAACAGAAGGUAAACUAAGAUCAGACUUAAAACGUUAAAUAAAAUUAACCAAACCAAUGCGUAGCUGCAGCAAAGGAAAAAAAUAAAUAAAUAAAUAACAGUGAAAAUCCUUACCACUUAAAAAGUAUUUAUAGAGAUCUCCACAACUUGAUUACAAAAAUAGUAAACACUGAAAAGUACGUUUAAAAUAAAACAAAAAAAUACAACAGACUUAUAUACCAUAUAUACAUUAAGAGUUGCUAAAAAAGAAGAGUUGCAAUUACAUACCAAAACAAAAAGUUACAAAAACCAAAAGAAAUGAAAUUAUUGAAAUGAAAAUAAAAGACAGUAAAAUUAUACAUAUACAUACAUAAAGUAAGUUAGGUGGAUGUGGCAGUUAAAUAAAACAGGAAGUGUGUACUCGAACUGGCAGCAGAUGCGUCCGAACUAUUUAGAGCCGAAUGUGGACGAACGCGAGGCACGAAUUUCGAUUAGCUAUGUGAUUCUGGCCGAACGCGUACGAGCGACAGUGGUGGGAUGGUACGAACCGAAAGUAAAUUAAAAUUUUAUUAAAAUUAAAAAAGUAAAAGAUUCAAAAAUUUAAAUUAAGAAUUAUUACUUAUAUACGAUACAGUACGAGGAGGAGGCAAAAACAAAUACAUAAGUAUUGAGAGGAAAUGAAACAAAAGAUGAAAUUAUAUUUGUUUUACAAUGAAAGAUAUAAGGAAAAAGCCAAAUCCAACACAUUAAGUAGAUUUUACUAUGAAAGUAAAAAAAAAAAAAAAAAAAAUUAAAACAAUUGAAAAACCCCAAUUACCAAAAAGUUUACAGAUAAUAGUUAAUAAAUAAAAUAUUUGCAUUUCUAUGCUGACAGAGAAUUUGACACACACACAUACAUACAAAGUAAACAUCAUCUUAUACAGCUACAACAGUCUUUAACGAAGUCACACAACCAUAAAUACAUAAAAUGCAUUUCAAGAAAAUUCUCUCGCUUGCAGACACUCAAAGAAAAAAUGCGAUGACUUAAAGGGCAACGAAAACAUUUCAAAAUUGGCUGAUUAUUUCCAGAAAUUAUGUAUGAUUUAUGCUCAUUUGACUUUGUGCCAUAUUCCCUUUGCUUAAUGGUUUAUUAAAAAAAAAAAAACCAAAUACUAUUUUAAAAAUCAGCAACAGUAAACAGCUCUUACAUUCCUUUUCAAUUUUUCAAAGUCAAGCCAAAAUAAUUGUCUAGCAAAGCAAGCAGUUGUCACUCACAGCAAAGGGAAACGAAAAAUAAUACACUUUUAAAGUGCAACAACAACUGUAGCCGUUUUUAAACAAUUUAAAUAUGAAAAUCUGUAAAUAUUGUAAAGAAAAGAUGAAUACAUACAUACAUACACACAAACAAAGCAAAUCAAAAGACUCACUCAUAAAAACUCAUCCACUCUCUCUCUCUAUUAACCAUCUUUAGAAUUUAAAGCUUUGCAAAAUCU